AUGGAUUCAUCACAAAGUCCAUCUACUGGGGGAAACGGGACGCCGAUCUCUCAAACUAAUGAUACUGCAGCUUCUGCUGCAGGAGCUGAUGAUUCUAUGCAAAACCUGAACCAGAUCAGCAACUCCAUUCAGAAAACCUUGGGCCUUAUCCAUCAGCUUUAUCUUACCGUCUCUACAUUCAAUGCUGCCUUUCAAAUGCCACUCCUACAACGCAUCAAUGGUCUUGUUGCUGAGCUUGACAACAUGGUCAAAUUGGCAGAAAAGUGUAACAUUCAGGUUCCUAUGGAGGUUGUAAAUUUAAUUGAUGAUGGGAAGAAUCCGGAUGAGUUUACGAAAGAUAUUAUCAACAACUGUAUUGCAAAGAAUCAGAUCACCAAAGGAAAGACUGAUGCUUUAAAGAAUUUGCGCAAGCAUUUAUUGGAGGAACUGGAGGUAAACUUCCCUGAUGAGGUUGAAACAUUUAGAGAGAGUCGUGCUGCUUCUGCUGCGGAAAUGAAGCGUUUGGCACAGGCACAAAAUUUAUUGCCCAAUGGAGAUGCUAGGGUCAAAGCAGAGCAUUGA